UGAGGGGGAAAAACUGGUGAAUGGUGAUAAGAUCCACCCCCUUUGCAUGGUAGGCUCUCGUUUACAGGCAGACUAUAGAGUAUUCUGUGGUUCACUCAAGGACAAACACAUUCUGACUUGCCACAGGGAGCAUGCGAAGGAGAUUUGAUUCAGAUUGGACAAACAAAGUGACUGCGGAUUUAUCUGUUUGAAGAGUUUCCCAAAAUGGGAUUAAGAGGGAUCUCCACACAAGGCUUUGAGUCCGUCAGCCCUUCCUCCAUGAUUAAAAUUCUGUAAUUACACACCUGCCGCCACCAAGACCACCACCUGCUUUCUCCAGAUGUCCAGGAAACAUGGGUAGUGUCAGCAGUUUGAUAUCAGGCCAUAGCCUCCACAGCAAACACUGCAAAGCCUCUGAAAACAAACUCAAAAAGGGGCUUCAGUCUAAGAAAACAGGCCGUAGUUUGGAUGGCCUUCUAAAGUAUGGUUUCUCUCAGGAUCAUUGCAGCACCAACAACAACUCGAAAGUCAGCUAUCAUUCAGGCAAAAAUGAUGACUUCUUUUACAUCAAGGUUAGCAACAAGCCCCGAACUGCUAACAUUAAUACAACUGAAGACAGUCAAGGAAGAACAACUGAGACGGACAAUGAGGUGGACAGGAGAGGAGGGCCACCAGAAUUAGUUUUGCUGUCUGGAAAACUAGAAAAGAGUAUAGAGAAUGCUUUAAUUCGACCCACUGCCUUCAAACCAGUUCUUCCUCGAAGCAGCAGUUCCUCGGUGGAGACUCAUAACAACUUGAGCACUAUCCUUGGCAAGAGGAUUAGUCCUAUAGACAGGCUAAAAGAUCUUCAAGACCCCAAGCUAGAGACAAAUUCUGGUACCUUCUCUGACUCUGGAAGGAACUCUAUGUCCAGCCUGCCCACUCAUAGCAUCAGUGGCAGCAGCCAGAUGGACAACCUAAGCACUUCAACUAACCACAUGGCACGCCAUGGAGGCCUAGCCCUAAACAUGGACACAUCUCAGAUCCCACAGUGGGGUGUAGCAGGGAUGAAUGGAAACUCUGGAACCAGCUGGAUGUGUAGUGGGACUAAUGGUGGAAACAGUUGGGCCAAUGGAUUUAGUGAAACAAACAUUGAGUCGACAAAUGGCAAUAAAAGAUCCAUUGGUGUCCUAAGUGAAAGUGUGGCAGGAGCAAGAAGUCUAAACAAAGAAAUAACUGCUGCAGAACUGACAGUUUCAUCCACUGAGCCAAAGAUGGAUUUCUCAGGAAACCAAGAGCUGCUUCUGGAACAGAGAUUUACAAUUUCAGAGCAAAGCUCAACAAAACCGUCAUCUUCGGGGGGCUGUGUCCGAUCACCAAUUUCAAUGGAUGAAUCACUGAUACAGCAGCUGGAGGUGAAACUUCUAGAACGUGAAACAGAGCUGGCGGAGCUACAAACAAGCCUUGAGGAGAAGGAGACAGACACUUGUCAUCUAUUUGAGGAAAAGCAACGCUACUGUGCUGAGGAGAUGGAGGGGUUGAAACAACGCUGUUCUACAAAACUCCGUCAAGUGUCUCAGAGGGCUUUGAGAGCCCAACAGUUACUGCAGCUUCAGGUGAUACAACUUCAACAGGACAAGGAACGUCUGCAGGAGGAGGUGGACCAGCUUAAUCAUGACCGGGACACUGCAGAAAGCCGACUCCGAGUCUAUGAGAGCCAGAAACAUCUAGUACCCACUCUAGAAGAGACUCAAUGGGAGGUGUGCCAGAAGUCAGGUGAGAUUUCUCUGCUAAAGCAGCAACUUAGGGACUCCCAUGCCGAUGUUGGAAACAAACUCAGUGAGAUUGUCAGUCUCAAAGCCUCUCUGAAGGAGUCCAGAUUUAAGAUGGAAGAACUGGAAAAGAAGAUCAAGGAUUAUGAGGAAGCACUUCACCAGCGAAGCACUGAAGUUGAGGUGUCUAAGAAUGAGUUUCAAAGAAAGAAGAAUGAAGCCGACCUCCUAAGGGAGAAGGUGAACAUGCUGGAAAUGGACAUCAAGGGCAUGAAGCAGGACUUAGCAAUGGCCAGAGAGGAGCAACAGCAGCUAAUGACCAUGAGAGCCAAAGUUGAGGAACAACAGCUGCAACUGCAGAUAAGCCAAGCCCGGAUGGAGGCUUUUGGGACUGGUCAAGCUAAAUCGAAAGCCCAGGAUGGAACAAGUGCCAGUAAAACAUUAAAUCAUAAUGGAGGGACUUCAAAUUUGGAUGCCCUACAGAAGGAAGUAGAGAGACUGAGAGGGGAACUAAAGGAAGAGAAGCAAAAGAAACAUAAGAUGAUGAAUACCUUCCAGCAAGAGAGACAAACGUGGAAUAAAGAGAAAGACAAAGUAAUCAGAUAUCAAAAGCAGUUGCAGUACAAUUACCUACAGAUGUACAAAAAGAACAAGGAUCUAGAGAAGAUUCUGAGGGACCUAACGGCUGAGAUGGACAGUCGGACAGAGAUGGACAUGGACAGCCAUAGCACUGACCUGAACUUUGAAAAAAUUGUAGCCACAGAGAUAUGAGGUCAUAGAGGAUGAAUGUUUUCACAAUUAACCGAAUGGUCUUAAAUAGUGAAUGUACUAGUGGGGUGGAAUUCACAAAAUUUAAAGGGAAGAAAUGAUGUCACAUUAAAUUUUAAAAUGUCAGGAGAUGCUCGAAACUCAAGAGUAUAGCAUCACUUGUACACACCACUGAAAGCUUUUCUCCUUUUAGGUCUAGGAUGUCAGCCAUGUGCAUUCCUGAAUAAGUUUCAAUUAAAGGUGUAGUAAGCUAUUUUGUUUAUUAGAAUGACACACGCACUUGACUGAAUCUCACUGAAUUAGUGUUCCCAUAAACCAUCACAUCUGUCUCGGUGGCAGCCGUAUAUUCUGUUAACUUCAAAUAAUUGACCAAGGUCAGAUUUUUUUGUUUAGCUACUUUAGCAUUUUCUGCUUAUCAGUUAUUUUGUGCAUUCAUAGGACAGCCAGUGAAUAGGAAGGUGCCUAGGAGUGUGGCAGUUGAAUACUUGAAUAAUUGAACUUAAUUCAAGUUAAGCACCCUAUUAAGUUUCAUAAGCAGUUGACAGUUGUUGGUUGUCCUGCAAGGAUGCUAUUUUGCUACCAUUUAGAUUUGAACAACCAUGGCAACAAUGAGAUGUGCUUCUGUUUUCCUGCUGAUCUCUGGUUACAAUGGUAAGAGUAAUGGAAAGUGUGUGCAAGUCUCAUUUAGAGAUUAAUUCUGCAGAAGUUCCAGAACGGCUAACAUUGCGCACAUCACCUUUAAUCUGUGCACAUCCAACCAAAUGCUUUACCUCACACUAAUCCAAACCAUCCAGUGCUUCUUGCCUAAACCUCGAGCAGUUGUACAGUUUCACUACAGGGUGGCACAAUGAUAUGAAUGUUUUAUUUGCUGUCAUUUCUAGUUGUCUCUCUUUCUUUUCAUAUGACAUGAAUCUUUAUCACCAGUGUCUUGGCAGACAGGCUCACAGAAACUCUGUGUACAGUAAGAUGAUGUCAUGAUGAAUGCAAAUACACUGUUCACAAAAUUACAGAUACAUAUUUCAUUGUUAAUCUAAAGUAUUUCAUAUUUACUUCACAGCUUUUUAACUGAGCACUUGUACUACCAGUACUAGACUAUCAACUUUGAAGCCUAGACAUUGUGCAGUUUCCAUUGGAAGUGAAGUCACUUUCACUUGCAGAUACAGAUUUGUAUUGGACAACAAGGGUUUGUUUAAAACACAUUUGAACUACAGGAAAAGAUAAUUUUGCAAUGUAACUUAUGAUUUCAUAUAUUCCUUCUGUCAAAACCCUCAAAUCUCAGUUGUGUCCCCCCACACCUCCCUCAAACUUGUCCUGCCAGGAUUGUUCAUGUGACAUGAGAAACAAUGCCGCUGGGCUUCAUAACGUCAAACCUUGCACAAUUCUUCUAACGGUGACAUUUUACUGUUAACGGAAAAUAAGCAUGAAUGAGAUCUGAGAGAUUUGUAAGGGAAGAUUAUUGGCGAAUAAAGGCUUAAAUUUGAGUCUAUUACUCAAGUAAUGCAAGUGUAUAACUUGAGAAGACCUUGAACAUAGCUCUGGACUACUGUUGUUUUUGGGAAAAUAAUGCUUGCUUAAAAAAAACAAAAGAGUGAGUACAUUAUAGCAAAAAGCUAAAAGGAAUUGCCAAAGGAAUUGUCUUCCUGGCGGAAAAGAUCAGGUCUUAAAACUGACUGAACAACCAUUUUACUCUCCAGUAUGAGUACUGAAUUUUGAUUAGUCGUAACUUCAAAAUGCUAUCUACAAAAAGGUUUAUCUAAGCUAGAAGAAGCCUGACAGUACCAUGGUAUGUUAUAUAGAGAUGAAACAAGGUUUUUCAUUGCACAAAUUUGUUACCCAAUGUUUCAUCAUACAAAAAUUCCAAAAAAGCUGUCUUGUAAACAAUCAUCCAGAGAGCUUCUCUUGAUUCGAUAACAACAAACUGAUAAUCAUAUUAUUGAUGGCUGUGGGGUGUACGGCUGUCUCUAGAUGCAUUUGAAUGCAUGUAUGUGUUGUACAUUUCUUAUUUAUUUUAAUUAAAUAAAUUAAGAUUUUUUCUGAA